CUUGUACCUUGACUCCCUGGGGCGUCGUGGGUUGAGGAAGAGUGUGAGAAGUGUACACGCAGUGUGACGCCUCUUUUGUGGGAAUGAGGAAAAAACACACCGAUUAACAGGCGACACGGUGGUGGUAGCGCAUCAUUUUUCCAUUUUUUUAACCUCUUCCUUUAUUUUUCUCUAUCCGUAUGACUGCGUGAAGACACAAGAUAUCUGAUGAUGCAGAGUUCAGUUGAAACUUCACAAGUUAUAAACGUCUCAAACUCCAAACCGGUUCUGCCUCCCAAACCUCGACUUGCUCCCAAGCCAUUCUCGGUACAGAACACCACCGUUCGCUCCAUACAUUCCCCAAAGGCUGUUAGUGUGUCCUUCAAGGGAACAGCAACAUCCCAAGCUGGAAAGCCAGCAGCUCCAACUGUCCCCACACCAACUUUGACCAGCCCGGCUACAAAACCACGGCAAGAAAAGUCUACCAGUGUUCCAACAAAACCAUCCAAGGAUGAAUCAAAACCUGUUCCAGUCAAGAAAGAUGUUACCAAAACAAACCACAAAUCAGAAACACAGAUCGUAACUAAUAGGGACCCAAAUGCCACAAAGAAGGAAGUCAAGACUCAAGUGACCACUGUCAAAAAGGCAGAAGAAACACAGAGCAAUGAUUCCUCGAAAACCAAUGAAACAUUCCAGUGGGGUGGAACCAGGAAACGUUUGUCCGUAGAGCUAACCUCCAAGUUUAAUUCCGGUGGUAGCCCUCAGCCUCCUGAACACAACAGAACCACAUCACUAACCAAAGUAAAAGAUCAUGCUAACCAGUCCAAAACGAAAGUGCCUGAGCCAACCAUAUCAGUGCACAAAGAAAAAGAUCAUGACAACCAGCCAAAAACAAAAAUGCCUGAGCCAACUAUUCCAGUGAACAAAGAAAAAGAUCCUGACAAACAACCAAAAACAAAAGUGCCUGAGUCAACCAUACCAGUGAACAAAGAAAAAGAUCAUCCCAGCCAACCAAAAGUGCCAGAGCCAACCACCACAGAAUAUAAAGAAGGGGGACUGACUCAAGACUCCCAUGGUGGUAGCAUCAAACGCAGAAUCAGUCUUCUCUUUGACUCGGCGUCAAAGCCAGAGGUUACCGCUAAGAGAGGGCAGCCCGAGUUUGUCAAGGAAACAACUGGUGUCAAGGAACGGAUCAAAAACUGGACCCUGGAGACGUGUUUAGAGGAUCCGACUGACAAGAAGUCACAGGAUGGAAACCAAACUCAUUCUAAUAGCCAAAGACCCGCAACUGCACCAACACCAGAAAAGACUCCCAAACUGCUACCUGUUGAUCAUCCUGGACCAAGGACCCAGUCAACACAAUCUGUGGCUCUCUCUGAUGCAACUGAACAACCAACAAAGCAACUCUAUACAUCUGAGGAGUCGGAGCAGAAGACAUCAGAGGAAGAUGAUACCCACCCUUUGGCGCCUGCUGAUGAGGCCUCCUCAUCUGAUGGUGUUGAAAGACGGUUUGUUCAGUUUGACUCCAUGGAGAGAGAUGAUGGAGAACCUCCUCUUCCAGCGGGGUCAGAACCGGAAAGCAAAUCAGAUGAGGACGUCAGUCAAUCUGAAGGGAGUGUGCUUGUGUCAGGAUCCAGACCAGUAGAAACUCCACAGAAAAACGAUGAGGAGAACAUUGAUGUGGAGCAACUCAAACAACGGGAAUUUGGAAAAAAGCUAAAAGCAGAGGAAAGUGAAAAGGAAAGACUCAAGUUAGAAGAGGAGGAGAGAAAACAGGAGGAAGAGAAAGAAGUCAAGCGGAUAAAAGAAGAGGAGAUGAGGAGAGAGGUGGAGAAGGAGAAAGAAAAAUUGAGGCGGAAGAAGGAAGAAGAGGAGUGGCGUAGAAGGGAGGAACGGGAAAGGGCGAGACAGGUAGAAGCGGAGAGGAAGAGGGCAGAGGAGGAAAAAGGGUUGAGCCUUAAGAAAGAGCAAGGGGAGAGACGGAUAAAGGAGGAACUGGAGAGCGAGAGGCUGAGGAAGGAGGAAAAAAGAAGGGAAGAGGAGGAGAAAGAAAGAAUGAGGUUAAAGAUAGAAGAAGAAGAAGAGAGAAGGAGAAGGGAGGAACUGGAGAGGGAAAGGCUGAGGGAAGAGGAGAGAAGGAGGGAGGCGCAGGAGAGAGAACGAAUGAGGCUGAAAAUGGAAGAAGAGAAGAGGAGAAGGGAGGAACUGGAGAGAGAAAGGCUGAGGGAAGAGGAGAGAAGGAGGGAGGAGCAGGAGAGGGAACGAAUGAGGCUGAAGAUGGAAGAAGAGGAGAGGAGGAGGAGAAGGGAGGAACUGGAGAGGGAAAGGCUGAGGGAGGAGGAGAGAAGGAGGGAGGAUGAGAAAGAAAGAAUGAGGCUGAAGAUGGAAGGAGAGGAGAGCAGGAAAAGGGAGGAACUGGAGAGGGAAAGGUUGAGGCAAGAGGAGAGAAGGAGGGAGGAGCAGGAGAGGGAAAUAAUGAGACUGAAAAUGGAAGAAGAGGAGAGGAGGAGAAGGGAGGAACUGGAGAGGGAAAGGCUGAGGGAAGAGGAGAGAAGGAGGGUGGAACAGGAGAGGGAAAGAAUGAGGCUGAAGAUGGAAGAAGAGGAGAGGAGGAGAAGGGAGGAACUGGAGAGGGAAAGGCUGAGGGAAGACGAGAGAAGGAGGGAAGAGGAAGAGAGGGAAAGGAUGAGGCAGAGAAGGGAGGAGCUAGAUCGAGAAAGGUUGAAGGAGGAGAGAAGGCGAGAGGAAGAGAAAGAAAGAAUGAGGUUGGAGAUGGAAGAAGAGGAGAGACAGAGAAGGGAGGAACUGGAGAGAGAAAUGCUGAGGGAAGAGAUGAGAAGGAGGGAGGAGGAGAAAGCAAGAUUAAGGCUGAAGAGGGAGGAAGAGGAGAGGUGGAGAAGGGAGGAACUGGAGAGAGAAAGGCUGAGGGAAGAAGAGAAAGAAAGGAUGAGAUUGAGAGUAGAAGAAGAGGCGAGGUGCAGAAGAGAGGAACAGGAGAAGGAAAGGCUUAGGGAAGAGGAGAGAAGGAGAAAGGAGAAAGAAAGAAUGAGGCUGAGGAUGGAAGAAGAGGAGAGCCGGCGAAGGGAGGAACUGGAGAGAGAAAGACUGAGGGAGGAGGAGAAGGAAAGAAUGAGGCUGAUGAUGGAAGAAGAGGAGAAGCAGAAACGUGAGGAAUGGCAAAGAGAAAGGUUAAGGGAAGAGGAGAGAAGAAGGGAGGAGUUGGAGAAAGGAAGAAUGAGGCUGAAGAAGUUAGAUGAGGAAAGACAGAGAAGGGAGCAAAAGGAAAUGGAGAUGAAAGUGCAGCAACAGAAGGAAGAAAUGGAGAGACAGAGAGAGGAGGCAAGUAGAGAAGAAGAGAGAAGAAGGCAAGAUGAACUGAUGAGGAAGCAGGCACAUGAAAUGGUAGAGAAGCUUAGGAUGGAGGCUGAGCGAAAAAGGGAAGAACUUAGGUUCCCCGGUAAGCGAAACAAGAGCCCGGUUGGUGAGGCGGAGCCAUCUCUAAUGAGCUUUAACUCUGGAGGCUCACCUCAAACUGCACGCAGUCACUUCGCACGAACUGGGAGCGUUUACGAUGACUUUUCGGUCAGUGAGCCUAAUCCUCGGGUGGAUGUUGGUAAUUUUGAUGAUUAUUCGGUGAAGCCAAAGAGAUGGGGCUCACCAUCUAUUGUCACUUUGAGCACACGGGACGCGGUGGAGGAAAAGCAGAUACCCAUUGAUGUUGACCGUCUGGAAAUAGAACCACGAGAGAGAGUGAGGACACGUGAAGGCUUUGAGCAAGAUUCAGUCUGGAGAAGCCAUGAGCUGAAAGAGGAAGAGGGGCGGCUGGAACAGGAGGAAGAGCCUCAGGUGGAGGAAGAUCAAAAAGUUCAAGAGCAAGAUAAUGCCGAGAAAGAGUGGGUGAGAAGAGGCAAAGAUCACAUACAUGAGGAUCCUGUCCACAGUUAUGGUGAAGCUACUGCUGCUUUGGCAGACUAUGAAUCUGACAGGCCACGUGCAGCCUAUGAAUGGAGAUCUAGAACUGACCGUCCAAAGUCUUUCACUGACGGGCUUCCUGAGGUCUCACAUGAAGAGGCUGAUACGACAGAACCAGUGCUGUCUCCUUUCCCUGAGAGCUUCACCCCUCUGCUCAACACCAGUGCACAGAGGUCCAGGGCGGCUCUUAGCAAGAUGCACAGGCGAUCACGUCCAUCGCGCUCAAGUCGCACCACACCAUCUAUGGUAGAAGUUCAGGACUGGAGGUCUUGUGACACCACAGAUGGAGAGCAAAGGGAGUCAGAGUCUGAUGAAGAGCAGCCUCAACAAAGGAUAGUCUCCUCUCCUCCUGCCUACAGAAAGACCCCCAUGUUGCCUGGCGUGAGCCCAUUAAGCCUCAUUGCUCAGAUGAAAAAGCGAGCAGAAGCACGAGAAGAGACUGAAGAGGAGAAGGGCAGUGGGGACAAGGAAGGUCCAAAUGAUGUAGUGGAGCCAUCAGCUGCCUUCCAACUGUCUCACUCUCCACGACUUCCUGCUCAUCUUGCUGGAGCCGCACGAGUUCUUCCACCUUUAGGUGGCACAGAUGGAGGUGCUACAUCAUCUCCGGCGUGGCUCACAGAAUUGAAGUCGAAGAAGCGUAUCAGUCAAUAUGAAGGGGAAUAGUAUCUGAGCAGUAUGCAUGAAAGGAAUGUCUUCCUCCUAUAUAGCGACCCCCAUGCUGCUAGGAGAGAAUCCCUCCAUGUCAGAUGUUGCUGCAGAGAGACACCUCACCAAGGUCUUCAUUUUGCACUUAGUGCCCAUUUUGUACAUUUACUGAAAUGUGCAAAAAAGGAAAUUCAGGCAUUUGUGGAAUACACUGAACACAUUUUGUCUUGUAAAUGAUUUGUUGCCAAGGCUGUGCACCAUGAUUGUUUUUUCUUGAUACCAAGUGCAUGUUUAAAGGUCAUUAUGGACCUUGCGUGUACACAUAUGCAAAUAUAAGACAGUACAAUGCACUAUAAUGAUGUACAAAGCCAUACCACAAAGCAUGUGAUCACGUCAACCGGCUUGCAGGAGAUUUAGGAAUGUUUUUAUGCUACCACAAUGUAUGAAGCUGUUUAUCUACUUGAGAUGAAGUGCCUUUGUUUUCUAAUGGACAAAAAGACCACCAUCAACAACUCCUUUCCUUCAGUGGAAAUGUGUUGCAAUGCAUUAAAAUCUUUUCUA